AAUUGCUAAAGUGGCUGGAACAAAAUUUCAUAACAUCGAAAUCUCAGUCUCGGCUUCAACGUUGGGCUCGUCUCUCGGUGCGAUCAGUGACGCGUGAAACACCCAACCGAGCGAACCAACAUGAGCUUCGAUCUAAGGCUUAACUGGCUCUCCAUCUAUCGGGGGCACCUGCGCCUGCUGCUGGAUGUGGUGUUGUUGGGCGUGCUGCUCGUCCUGGGCGCGAACGUCAAAAACCUGUGGGGGCCCACAACAAAACGUGGAUUCUUCUGUGACGAUGAGACCUUAAUGUAUCCCUACCAGGAGAACACGGUGUCGCCCGCCGUGCUUCAUUGGAUGAGCUUGCAUUUGCCGCUGAUGGUGUUGCUUAUCCUGGAGACUAGUCGAUGCUGGCGAACAGCAGGCGUGGGCUGGCAAAAGUUUUGGCCUGCGUACAAUACCCUACGCUGGUUCGUGUUUGGACAUGCUGCAGAGACUCUGAUCAAGGACAUGGCCAAGCAAGUAAUAGGCAGGCUGCGUCCUCAUUUCUUUGAGGUUUGUCGGCCACAGCUGUCCGAUGGCGGCUUCUGCUCGGAUGAUGCUCAUCGGCAGGGCGGCGUCUACCACAUGACUUACACCUGCCAACCGGAACUGUCGGGCGCCACAGCUGAGAUGCUGCGCGAUGUGCACGUCUCUUUUCCCAGUGGCCACUCGAGCAUGGCCUUCUAUGGGCUUGUCUUCAUGGCGCUCCACUUGCAGCGCAUCCGCUGGCCGCUGCCUGGCAGUUUAGUGCGUCCAUCGUGCCAGCUGCUCUGUGUCGGGUUCGCCUCAUUUGUCGGACUGAGCCGUGUCAUGGAUUACAAACACCAUUGGUCGGAUGUUGUGGCCGGCUCGCUGCUGGGCGCCUCCAUUGCCUUUGCGGUCGUUCGUGCGGCGGGGCAGGAGCAGCAAUUGCAUCUAAAAAGCAUGCAGCAACAUGCAAAUACAAUGGAACCCCAAGCAGCUGCUGUCGCAAAAGCUGGAGCUGGUGAUGAAGUGGGCCCAGGAGCGGAACAGCUGCCACAUGAUUUGUGUCAAGUUACGUGCCAUAGCUCUAAUUAGUUUUAGUUGCGUUUUAGCCUCAGCUUGUUAAGAUAAGUGACAUUAAAGAUAGACAAUUAAAAGAGUA